AUGUCUACUAAAACUAACAACAAAGAGAUUUCUGAUAGUAAGAAACUCUCAACGGUGACCAUUCAUGAGAUCUCUUCUCCAAUCCAUAUUAAAUUGGAUGGUUCUAAUUAUCGUGUUUGGUCAAAGAUUUUAGAGAUGCAAAUUGCUGGCAGGAAGAAGAAGGGUUAUAUUACUAGAAGAAAGGUUGCACCUACAGAAGAUGAUCCAGGCUAUAAUGAAUGGAAAGCUGAAGAUGCCCUUGUCAAGCUUGAUCACAGUUUGGAUCAAGUUAGUAGUCAUGUUUUGGCUACCUCCCCUUUACCAAGCUUGGAAGAAGCCUACUCUUUAGUUCGUCGUGAAGUGCAGAGACAAGUCACCAUGGGAACAAAAAAUUAUUUUGAGGAUUCAGCUCUGAUGAUCCAAAAAAGCACCUCUCAAGUGACUCCUUCUGUUCCUGUGAAUUCUACUACUUCCAAUUCUCGCUUUUGCACUCAUUGCAAUAGUACCAGGCAUACAGUAGAUGUUUGUUGGAAGAAGCAUGGCUAUUCGGAGUGGUAUAAACUUAAACAAGCUGAGAAGAAAAAUAAGAAAUAUGCUCAGAUUGUUGUUACUGACACUUCUACACCUUCUGCUUCUCAUGUCUCUCAAGUGUCUCCUCAACAAGGUAAUUCUAGUCUGACAUAUAUUUCUACUACUUCUAACACUUGGGUUAUUGAUUCAGGGGCUACUUACCAUAUGACUAGUAAUUCUUCUAUACUUACCUCUCUAAUGUCUUCACCUGUUAAGUUUGUACAGGUUGCUAAUAGGACUUCUAUGCCAAUUACAGGAGUUGGGAAUAUCUCAAUUUCUCCUACAUUCUUAAUAUCAUUUGUCUUACUUGCCCCUGAUCUUUCUAAUAGUCUUCUUUCCAUUAGUAAGAUUACGAAAAGUCUUAAUUGUUCUGCAAUAUUUGAUUUUACUCAUUAUGUAAUUCCUCAAUUUUACAAAAUGAUUGUCACACAGUUUCAUACUCAGGUUCAAGUUUUCCAUUAUGAUAAUGGUCGUGAGUUUAUAAAUGAGUUUCUUACCAAUUUCUUCCUAGAACAUGGCAUCCUACACCAAACAAUUUGUGCCUACACACCACAACAAAAUGGUAUAGCAGAGCGUAAGAAUCGUCAUAUCCUUGAGGUUGCUCGGGCUUUAAGCUUUACUAUGCAUGUUUCUAAACGGUUUUGGGCUGAGAGAAAAAGGGAUGAAAGACCAACUAGGUUAUUUCAAAACGGUUAUACAAGAAGAAAACAGAAUGCCACUGUUAUUCCUUCUCCUGACUUUAAUGCCCCUCUUGAUGAUACUACUAUGCCAUCAGAUGACUCUUCUACUAUUAACCCUGAGGUAUGUGUUCCCUCUCCUACAACUUCAACUUUAGAGAAAGAUUCUAGUCUUGUAACAUUAGAAAAUGUUAUUUUGAAUCCACAAGUUAUGGAUCACGAUCAUGGUAGGAGAUAUCCCCCUCGUGAACGUAGAGAACCUGAUAGGUUGGAUUUUUCCAAGUCAUCUUUUAAUGAAGCCCUUGGAGAUCCUACAUGGAAGAUUGCUAUGGAAGAGCAAAUGAAGGCUCUCCAAAAAAAUUUUAUUUGGGAGAUGGUUGAGUUGCCACUAGAAAAGAAGACAGUAGGAUGCAAGUGGGUGUUUACAUUGAAAUCCAGGUCAGAUGGGAUAGUUGAAAGGUACAAGACUAGACUAGUGGCCAAAGAUUACACUCAAACCUGUGAGAUUGACUAUCAAGAGACCUUUUCUCCUGUGGCUAAGAUGAACAUUGUUCGAGUCAUUCCAUCUCUUGCAGUCAAUCUAGACUGGCCAGUAUACCAGUUUGAUGUAAAAAAUACUUUUCUCAAUGGUGAUUUGAUAGAUAAGGUGUAUAUGGAUCCUCUUUUAGGAUUUACACUAGGAGGAGGUAGUAAUGCUAGUGAGAUAAAGAAACUUCGAAGCUACUUGGCCAAGGAAAUUAAGAUGAAGGACUUGAGGGUUCUAAAAUACUUCUUAGAUGUUGAAGUUCCGACUAACAAGAAGAGAUAUUAG